UAUGACUAUUUUACCAACUAAAAAGAGGGCAACAAGCAUUGUAAAGAAGGAUUUUGAAGUUAAAAAUGUUGAUUUUGAUAAAUUAGAAGAAGCUUCAACAAGUCAAGUUAGAGUUAUACAAAUAAUGAACAGAAAAAUCCUAGAUGGUAGAAUAAAUAAUAUAUCAAUUAUCAAGAAAUUAUCCCAAUUAGAAGAUGGCGGAACGAAUAAUUUGAAAAGAUCUGAUUUAUUAGAUUUAAUAGAGUAUAGUAAUGAAGAGAAGAAGAAUGAGAAAAAAAAAGUAAAAGAAAUAUAUAAAAAAUGCGGAAAUCUAUGGGAUUUUUUAAUGAUAAGGAAUUUUAAUUUUAUACCAUCUAUGCUACAAACAUCAAUUGACUAUCUUUUAAAAAAUAUACACAACGAACAUGAAGUUUUCAGGAGGCCAGCAUCUGCUAAGGUUAUGAAGGAAUUAAUGAAGACGGCUUAUACGAAAUGGUUUGAUGCGGAUAUUCUAGAAGAUGAUAAUUCCAUAUCAACUAUAACUAUAUCUAGAUUUAUAAUUAAUGUAUUCAAAGAAUUGGACGCGUUAACUGAUAGAUGCGCAGCAGAAAUCUUUUAUUUCUAUUAUAGUAAGAUGAAAGAUAUUAUUCAAUCGGAAACUCGAAGGAUUGGCGGUGAUUUUCCUUCUUUUAAGAAAUUAAAAAAGCUAUCUAAUAAAGACAUUUUAAAUACAACUUUUAAAAUGAACAAUUACGAUUCUAAAAGUGAAGUUGAAGGUCAUAUUGGUGCAAUUAUAACGAGAAUUGUUAAACAUUUUGGACCGGAAAUUGAAAAGGAGAGUGAAAAUUUUGAAACUUGUAGACUUAUUAUACAACAAAUGCCAAUUAUUAAUCAAAAAGUAUUACAAAUACUAUUAAAGAUCUUUUAUUUGUUGGGCUCUCACUAUAAAAAGAGUAGUGUUAAUGGUAUUGUAAUUAGUACUUUAUCAUUAUUUACUGAUAAAAUAAUGAAAAUAAAAUGGCUAAAAGUUUUUGAUGAUAGUUCAAUAAACGAACAAUAUUUUAUUAUUCCAUUGAGUACUGUUAUUAUGACUAUGUUGGUUAAUCAUUCAAUGGAUAGUAAAGAUGAUAUUAAACAUAUGCACGAAGAUGAAUGUAAAGAUGGUAUGUGUAAGAAACAAAGUAAAAAAGUAAUGGAUCAUCAAAAUAACCUAUGUAUCUUUUUCUGCAAUCCACUGAAGACUGAUUUAAAUAUCAAACUGAAUCAAAUCAGUUCCACCAACAACAAAAAGAUAAAGAAACGUGUUGGAAUUGAGACAGUAUUCUAUAAAAUCGAUUACUUAUUAGAAUAUUUCAAGACAAACUCUCCAAUUGGUAUUGAGGAUUUACUUAAUAAGAUGGAAAUAUUCCUUUUUAAAAGAUACAAAACUCCUGAAAGUAUUAACGAUAACGAUGAAAUUAAAAUUGAAUUUACUGAAUUGCGUAAGGGAGUCGUAAUAUGGAGAUGCUCUGGUUCAAUUGAUGUUGGAUUUGAUGAAUGCUGCAAAAAGUUAACUUCAACAGAAUUUUACGAUAAAUUUCCAUCUGUCGUAUUAUCAUCCGAAGAUGAUACUUAUCUAUAUAGAUUUUCAACUCCACCUAAAAGCGAAUGGUUCGAAUCAAAUUUUCACGCUUAUCUAUUUAGAAAGUACUGUCUAAAUAAGGAUAAAGGUUAUUUAGCAAUAUUCGAAACAUCUUUCAACCAUACAUUUAAUUCACUUGGAACAAAAUUCGAAAAGUUAAAAAGUAAUUCGUACGAAGUUUAUGUUAAGAAUUGCCUUCAUCAAAUUAUCGACUAUAGAAUGAGAAAUAGAAAGGUUAGAAUAGAAGUAUACGGAGUAAUGGAUUAUGGACCUCUAUUUUCUUGGAAUUGGCAACAGCUUAAUGGAUAUAUUUUACCUCUUUAUCAAUUCAGAUUUGAUAGUGAAUUUUAUCAUGUUCUUACCAUGGCAAAACCCCUAAAAUAUUUAUUCUGUCAAGAACAACAAGGUAUAGAUUACGAAAAGUUACUUGAUUCUUCGGCAUAUAAAGAAAAAUUUCGAUUGGAAUUAUCUAAUUGGAGCUGGAAUAAAAUGCAAGAAGAUAUUCACAUCUUUUCCAGAAUUGCUGUUAAAGAAGCAGCUUUAAAGCCACUUUGGAUUGUUAGCGAUAUCAGGAGAACAUCAGACAUUAAGUAUAUUCUUGACAAACGUGAAUGUCCGCAUUUGUUUGUAAGGAUAGAAGUUUCUGAAGAAAUCAGAAAAGAGAGAGGUUGGUCCUAUGUAAAAGGAAUUGACGAUUCAUGGUCUGAAUGUGAACUUGAUCAUAAUAUGUCAUGGGACAUUAUAUUUCAUAAUGACAAUGAUCAGGAACACACUGAUACCGUUGUUGAUUCUAUUAAAAAAUUUAUUGAGAAGUGUAUGAAUAAUGAAAACACGAACUUUGAAAAGAUGGACAAGUGGUCAAAUAAAGUAGCCCUAGUUACAGGAGCAUCAUCCGGAAUAGGAGCUGCAAUUGCAAAAAUUCUCACCGAAUGGGGCAUGACUGUAAUUGGUGUGGCAAGGCGAUAUGAUAGAAUAGAGGAAUUGGCAUCAAAAUUGAAACAAUCUGGAGCAAAAGGUAAACUCGUAGCAAUGAAAUGCGAUUUACGUAACGAAGAAGAUAUUUUGGAAGUUUUUGACGAUAUUCUAAACGAUUUUGGUGGUGUUGAUGUACUCGUUAAUAAUGCUGGAUUGUUGGCUACGACUUCUCUUUUACAAGGAAAAACUAAGGAGUGGAAAAACAUUUUCGAGGUAAAUGUACUGGCUAUGUCGAUCUGUACCAGAGAGUUUUACAAACAACUUAAGAGAAGAAAAGUUGACAAUGGUCACAUUAUUAACAAUUGCAGCUUACUUGGACAUGUUAUUCCAAAUAUUCCUUUUGCACAUUUCUAUAUGGGAACGAAGUUUGCUAUUAAAGCAUUAACAGAAGGUUUUAGACAGGAGCUUCGUAGCGAAAAAACUAAUGAACUACAGGAAAUCUCAUCUGGAUUUGUCGAUACGGAAAUGCUGAAGCCCCAUCGUGCUAUCUUUGCGAAUAUUAAGAUUCUAAAACCAAAGGACAUUGCUGAAGUUGUUAUUAACAUUCUAUCGGCUCCUCCUGGCGUUGAGAUGAACGAAAUCAUUCUCAGACCAAUUGAUGAAGAAAUGUAA